AUGCGCCGCGAAGACAUUAUCUCCGAUACCGACUUCGAGAAGUUCGGUCCAUCGCUCAUCCUCAAGCAUAUUCUUGCUAUGGGCAGCUUGUCCGUGGAGAAUCGCAAAGAGCGUACUUCCGCAAAGGACCUUGAGGACGAACGGAUUGUUAUUCGCCUCGCCGCGCGACAAGCACAUAACGGGAAGGAUCCGCAUUGGUCUGUCUCAUGGAACUCGCCUCUUCUCCAGUCUCUUGGAAGCGCAAUGGACUGUGAUUUGGAACAUCCAUAG